GUGGAGCAGUACGUUGGCUGCGGAAGUUGCUGUCAUGUGAUUCAGCCUCACGCUCAUGCAACAAUGUUUCUCCUUGGAUGAAAAAAGAUAAAAGAAAUGGAGGAGAUAAGAGUAUCUCCUGAUUAUAACUGGUUCAGAAGCACCGUACCUCUCAAAAGAAUAAUAGUGGAUGAUGAUGACAGUAAAGUCUGGUCGUUGUAUGACGCUGGGCCCAAAAGUAUCAGGUGUCCCAUCAUCUUCCUCCCGCCGGUGAGCGGGACAGCAGAGGUUUUCUUUCAGCAGGUGUUGGCUCUCUCUGGAUGGGGCUACCGCGUCAUCUCGCUCCAGUAUCCUGUCUACUGGGAUCUGCUGGAAUUUUGUGAUGGAUUUAGGAAGCUUUUAGACCACUUACAACUAGACAAGGUGCAUUUGUUUGGCGCGUCUCUCGGAGGUUUUCUCGCUCAGAAGUUCGCAGAGGUCACACAUAAAUCUCCAAGAGUGCACUCUCUGAUCCUGUGUAAUUCAUUCAGUGACACAUCGAUCUUUAACCAAACAUGGACGGCGAACAGCUUUUGGCUGAUGCCUGCGUUCAUGCUGAAGAAGAUCCUUCUCGGUAAUUUUGCCAAUGGACCUGUGGACCCAAAAAUGGCAGAUGCAAUCGACUUCAUGGUUGACAGACUGGAGAGUCUGAACCAGAGUGACCUCGCUUCUCGGCUCACGCUCAACUGCCAGAACUCGUACGUGGAGCCACACAAGAUAAAGGAUGUUGCUAUCACCAUAAUAGAUGUUUUUGAUCAGAGCGCCCUGUCGCACGAGGCAAAGGAAGAAAUGUAUAAACUGUACCCCAAUGCCAGAAGAGCUCACCUCAAAACAGGAGGAAACUUUCCCUAUCUGUGCAGAAGCGCAGAGGUUAACUUGUACAUACAAAUACAUAUGCGUCAGUUUCACGGGACACGUUAUGCGGCGAUCAGUCCAGAGAUGGUGAGUACAGAAGAGCUGGAGGUCCAGAGGACAAACCUGAGCAACAACAGCACAGGAAGUGAUGAUGACUCUUAAACCGACCCACAAACUCCUGCUGUCCUCUUUUGACCUGAUUCACGUUCAGACAUCAUGUGCUUUCCUUUUCUACAACCUUGUACUUGAUUCAAUGUGAAUUGACUUUGAAGAGACUAUUUUUACUUUAUGGAAAAUAAAUAUUUUGAUAUACGUAUUAUGGGUGUAAAUAAGUCAAAGAACAGCAAGUUGUUAUAGAAUGCCAUAUUUUGACCUGGUUGCCUUACACAACACAAAACACGCAGCUUUGUUUAACAAAGCACUUUUUACUCUCGGAACGUUCUUGCUUUUCUGCCUUCUGGACUUUUCUGUAUUUUUGUUGAGACGGUCUGUUUACAUGUUGCCAAUGUGUCAUUUUCUGUGUCAUGCACUGAUAUAAACAUAAAGAAAAUCUUUCAACUUUCCUAAAUGAUAUAACUGGAGUUCCUGGUUUGGAAGGAAUUCUUUAUAAAACGUGUCAUUAGUUUGCUGAAGUAAAGCUGUUUAACCACAAAUAAAUGAAGCAUUGUAAUCA